AUGGCUUGCCCAGUUCCAGACCCUAUUCUUCGCGGCCGACCAAGCCAGCCUCCACUUCCAGAGCCAGCCUCCAUUGCAGGCAGCACCCGGGUGUUUGGUGAAUUUCAUCACGACAAUACUCCCUUGGCUGAUGACGAUGACGACAUCCUACGCUUCUGUGAGCAUGCACACCAAGUGUUGAAGACCCAGUCGGCUCGAUGCUUCGUGCACGGGUUCCUAGUCCGCGGGACUGCGCUGGAGCUCUGGGUUUUCGAUCGCUCGGGGGCCUACAGCAGCGAGAGGCUCGACCUGGCUCAGAGACCCGACCUGCUGGUGCGGAUUCUGGCCGGCUAUGCCUUGAUGAGUGACGAGGAAGCUGGGUUCAAUACUUUUGUGAAGCAUCAUCCACCUGAAUCCGACAGCUACGUCACAUUCCGCCAGCGCGACAAACUACAUAGUUGGGCUGGGAACGACUACAUAGUUGGGCUGGGAACAACCUGCUAUGCCGCCUCGGUAUCGACAGUUGGGGAGCCAGACACUGUCGUCAAGUUUUCCUGGCGAGAGGAUAAAGAGCCCACGGAAGUCCGCCUACUGGAGCGGGCACACGAGCGCAACGCCUGGGGCGUAGUUCAGCUCGUAGGCUAUCAGGACCUGGUGAGCAUUGCCGACCUUCGCCAGGGACUGCAAUUUCCUCAAACCUUUGUCACCCGAACUUUCUCGUGCGUCGCAACCACCCCUCUAGGCCGUCCGAUCCGACAGUACACGUCCAUUACGGAGCUCUUGGAGGUCUUGCGCGACCUUGUUAAGGCGCUUCCAUCUCUCUACGUGGAUGCGAGGAUCCUCCAUCGCGACGUCGCCAUCAAGAAUCUGAUCAUCACCCCGCAGUAUAGCGCAGACGGCCCCAAGGGUGUCUUGAUUGACUUUAACUACGCGCUGGAUCUCGACAACGCCCGUCCUAUUGAGCCAAUGGUUGGGUCAGAUGGAUUCAUGGCCAUUGGCAUCCUCAGAGGACAACGACAUACAUAUCGGCACGACCUAGAGUCCCUGUUCUACGUGUUUCUAUGGAUCGCUAUUGCGAACGACCGCGUGCGCGACGAGGCGAAUGACAUACUGAAAGGCAUGCCAAAGGCAUCGCGGCUUUGGAAAUGGUGCACCAUGGACUUCGGUGCUGUUGGACGGGAUAAGGCUGCCGACAUGAGCCCUGAGGGCUUUGAGGGAAUUCUCGGCGAAUUUUCCUCUGACUUCGCUCCUCUCCAAGGUCUGGCCAAGGAGCUGCACGCGCUGAUCUUCCCUGUGCGUGAUGGGGAAAUCUUCACGGUUACUGAGACGGACCAAACCUACGCAGAAGACCUCGCCCACCUGAGAAAGCUUUUGGACGUGCAUAACAUGCCGGCGAGCGUCAAUAUCAAGUUGAUGCAUAUCCACUUCCAUCUGAGAGAAGGUGAGAUCUUGGCUGUGCACGAGUUGGACGCGCCGCCCUACGGGAAGAUUCCCUUCCUAGAGCCCAUGGCGCCCGACACGGCAGGCCAGGUCUACUACGGCUGCAACUACGUUGUGGAUGGCUCGGGCCAUCUCCAGGCGUUUGAGUACACAACAAUCGAGGGAGGGCCAGACCUGGCGGCGCAUGCGGCCUUUGUCGCCGAGCUUUGCGCCGUCGUUGUACAGCGCGGCCUGCAGCACAAGUUUGGGCUCGCCAUCAACUCGGGCGCGGCCUCCCGUGGUUCGUGGAUGGAGCUGGACUUUCCGGAGAAGCGCGCGACGUUUCUAUUGCCAAGCCACGUGCCCCUACCGCAGAGUGACCGUGUGGUCUUGAGGACGACGAUAACCAAGUUCCCGAGCCUUAAGAACGAGAAGGACGGCAAUAAGGACUUGCCAACACACAUCCACGCCGAGCAUACCUGGGGGAAAAGGAGAAAAACUGAUGCUGACGACGAAGAGCCUGUUGAUGGCGUCACAACCAAAAAUGGACUUUUACCCUUAGUUCUGCUGAAGCUGCUGCGAAACAGCCUCAAGACUGGUUCUUACUAA